AUGUCAAGCCCUCACCUCCGCACAUACGCUUACCGAGCUCAAAAUCACCCCAAUGCCGCAGCAAGGCUUCUCCUUGAGACUGUCGUCCGCAAAAAGUCAAACCUUUCUGUCAGCGUCGACGUCACCUCUGCUGAUGAUUUCCUCGCAAUCAUUGACGCUGUCGGGCCAUAUGUCUGUCUAAUCAAGACUCAUAUCGACAUCAUUGAGGAUUUCACGCCCGGUCUCAUCCAGAAACUGCAGGCUCUUAGUCAAAAACAUGAUUUCUUGAUUUUCGAGGACAGGAAGUUUGCAGACAUCGGUAACACUGUCGCUCUACAGUACUCCAGUGGCGUGUACAAGAUCGCUAGCUGGGCACACAUUACAAACGCACAUACCGUUCCUGGCCCUUCCAUCAUCACUGGCCUGGCCUCUGUGGGUCUACCCCUGGGGCGAGGUCUCCUACUUCUGGCAGAGAUGAGCUCCAAUGGCUCCCUAGCCACUGGCUCUUACACAGAAGAGGCAGCUCGUAUGGCUCGUGCGAACCCCAACUUCGUCAUGGGGUUCAUUGCUCAAAGAAGAAUGGAGACGGUUGGUCUCACGACAUGUGAAACAGCAGGCGAAGACGACUUUCUGGUGCUGGCCCCAGGCGUUGGUCUUGAAAGUAAAGGGGACGCUAUGGGGCAGCAAUAUCGCACGCCUCGGGAAGUGAUACUCAAGAGCGGGUGCGAUAUCAUCAUCGUUGGACGUGGUGUAUACGGAAGUCCUAAAAACCUCGAUAUCCAAGAGGUGCGAAACCAGGCUGGGCGCUAUAGGACAGCAGGGUGGGAGGCGUAUGAAGAGCGAGUUUUGUCCCAGUAA